AUAAUAACAAAUUAGGCUCAUUAACAAUACACGUGUUUGCAAUAUAUAAUGACAGAAGAAUAGAUAUUAUAUUAUGGAUAUAUAUAAUUUAUAAAUAUCAUAUAUAGACCCUUUAUUUGUUUACAAACAUUGUGACGUUUUUGUGGGCGGGGCUUAUGCUGGAGGCAAAAGCGGAGCGAGAAGUCAAGCAGGACUGGGAGUAUUUAGUUUGCGCUGGGAGUUUGCGCUGCAAACUCGAGCAUUUUUAACCCGUUAAACUUCAGUGUACCGCCGGCGGUACACUUACUAAUUUGCAUGGGAAUUUAAAGAAUGUCCGAAGGCUGCAAACGUGAUUAUAUAAACAUUAUACGCCGAUGGAAAGCUUAGAUUCUCAUGAAACCGCCGGUAUAAACCACUUUCAGGUGUGAUUACCACAGCGGGUGAGAAAAACACAUUUGUCCGACAAACAACGAAUAUCCAUCCAUCCUUUCUCUGUACACGGCUUUAACGUACACAGCGCGACUCACAUUACCGGGUUCAUUAUUACACACGGAUGAAAAUAUUCCACAAAAACGGCCAUAAUCUAACCUUGGACAUCCAGACGACACAAGCCAGUAAACUAUUUUGUCCAAAACAUGUCCUGAAGUCGGUAUAUAAUCCAUGAAUCGGUCGUUUUCAAGGAAAUGCACCUCGCGAUGCGUGUCCAAUAUUCCCUGUAUUUCUCGUCAUAUUUAACGGGUUAUUGUUUUUGAUUGUAUUUUUUUGUGUGUGUCUUGUUGUGUCCUUGUUCUUAUGGUGUGUGUAUUUGGACCCAGUGUCUGGAAUAAAGCUGAAUUGAAUUGAAUUGAAUAUUUUUUUAUUUACAAAUAGAAUAUUAGGGAUUUUUUGUACUGAAAAUGGCUGGAAUUGACUGCAGCUGAUCGUCUCUGUCCAGUCUUUUCGCCUCAGUGCAUUUAACCACAACUGUCUUCGUUCCCUCUGAGCACGAGUGUUCGGUGGAAUCCUAUAAAACUUUAAUUUGCGUUCGCCAAUGUCAUUCCUCCUAUUCUGGCAUCCAAAAACACAGCAGGACGACAUUUUAGAAAAGUUGAUAGAGCCUAGUCCCUCAGUCUUUCGCCUUUCUGUCCGGCCGCGGGCUUCCUCUUUUGCCUCCAGCUAAAGCUGUGACGUCAUUCGUGACGUGGGUCAUUAAAGGGUCUAUAUAAUUAUGUGUAUAUACAGUAAUUUUUUUCUUGUAGUAUUUUUAGAAUUAAUUUUAUUUUAGACAGAAAUAUAAAAUAUAUAAAUAUAUUUAAGGUUUUAUUAAUGUAUGCAAAUGCGUCAGUGUGAGAUUAAGCUAUAAUUUAUAAAUAAAUAAAUGUUGGUUAGUUGGUUGAAACUACAACUCCCACAGUGAGACCGCUCUCUCUCUGCGCAUGUCCGAGGAGGUGGGGGCGCGAACCCAUGCGGAUGUAUGAGUUUAAAAUGGCGGCGUGAGGACCUGGUUCAAACCGCGGAGGAUAUAGACGGUAACGAGCACAUCUACCGGCAGCAGCGACGGUACCGAGCACAUCUACCGGCAGCAGCGACACGCUCCGACUGAGGCCGAAGUUGAAAUUUAUUUACCGGAGAAGAGCAGCAGGAUGGCAAAGAGGAUCGCUGAUAAGGAGCUGACGGACAGGAACUGGGACCAGGAGGAGGAAGGAGAGGAGGCCGGAACCUUCUCAGUAGCAAGUGAAGAUGUGUUGAAGAACCGAGCCAUAAAGAAGGCGAAGCGCCGAAACACUGGAGCGGAGAGUGAAGUUGGAGGAGCUUUCAAAAGUUUUAAAGGUUUUUCUUUGGCCUCGACCGGCGGAGCCUCGGCUCCAACAGCGUUCUCUGGUUUCGGCAACGGUGGAGGUCUGAAGGGCCUCGGAGGGCUGACCAACGGGAACUCUGCUCCCUUUGGAGGAUUCUCAUCUACUGCUGGAGCUGGUGUGACGUUUAACGGGCCGUCCUCCAUGACACCCCCCUGUGACAUCAGCACUAAGCAGACAAAUGGCUCCGCCCCCGGCCCCGCCCACAAGGAGUACAGGCGCCAGCUGACGGCUCUGAACUGCUCGGUGAGGGACUGGAUCACCAAGCACGUGAACGACAACCCUCUGUGUGACCUGCAGCCCAUCUUCAAGGACUACGAGCGCCACCUGUCCAGCAUCGAGCGCCAGUACGGGUCUGGAAGUUCUGAAGGAGGUUCUGGAGGUCCUGAGGAGAAGAAAGCUCCGGCUUCAUCCGGCGGCUCCUCGGCUGCUCUGUUCUCCUUCAGUAAAACCACGGCAGAAGACUCGACCCGGGACCAGAACUCCGGUUCUGCUCCGGUUCCGACCGGAGUCACCUUUAACUUUGGCCAGAAGGUGGACAGUUCGGUUCUGAGUUCUUUAGGGAACAAGUCCAGUCCCAGCUUCUCCUUCUCCUCCGGGUCCAGUCAGACGUCUCUGUUCGGUUCUGGAGCUUCAUUCAGUGGAUCCAAAGCCGACGACGGCCGGACCACAGAGGAGAACCCAGAUGAAGAGUCUGAAGAACCUCCAAAGCCUGAAGUGAAGGAGGUGAAGGAAGACGACGCCUUUUACUCCAAGAAGUGUAAAAUGUUCUACAAGAAGGAUUCAGAGUUCAAGGAGAAAGGAGUCGGAACGCUGCACCUCAAACAGACAGACGGGAAGACCCAGAUGAUCAUCCGGGCCGACACCAACCUGGGUAACAUCCUGCUGAACAUCAUGGUCCACUCCUCCAUGCCCUGCUCUCGGGUGGGGAAGAACAACGUCAUGGUGGUCUGUGUUCCAAACCCUCCGGUGGACGACAAGAACCCCAGCAGCCCGGUUCCUCUGCUGAUCCGGGUCAAGACCAGCGAGGACGCCGACGAGCUGCACAAGACUCUGGAGGAGAAGAAGUAGAACGUCCUCAGCAGAGCCGUGGUCAUCUUCAGAACCUGCUCCCAUAGACUGUUCACCACCGACACACACACACACACACUCACACUCACUGUAAAACUCUCACUCUCUGUGUGUCCUUCAGUCGUCCUGGUAUUUGGUCACUAGAACUGGUUCCAGCUGCUUCUAACUGGUUCUCCUGUGAAUCUGUGUUUUACUGCAGCAGCUUUUAUUUUCUCGGUGAAUCUGGAUCUGCGACGUCUCGACGCUCCUCUGAGGUUUUUGGGGCUCGGAGCCUCAAACGGAGGGAAAGUCGAUUUGGUUUUACAAAUUAAAGCUGGUUUGUGCGUCUCAAACUAUUUAUUGUUGCAGGAUUCAUGUUUCCUGCGGAGCUUCUGCUGUUUCCAAGUGUUCCUUGUGUGGCUUUCAGAUGUGUCUGAGAACAUUUGUAAAGAAUUAAAGGAAACAAACCACCUGA